AUGAGUUGUGCAGGAGCACAGGAAGAAUCUCUGGAAUCUCAUGUCAAAGAAUUGGUGUUGAAAAAGGAGAUAGGCAAAGGGUCUUAUGGCAAAGUCUAUAAAGCUGUGUGGAAGGGACGCGACGUUGCAGCGAAAAGGUUUCACUCUGUAUUCUUUCAAAAUGGCUCCUGCCUGCAAGAACACUAUAUGGAGGAAUUUCAGCGAGAAUGGAAUGUUCUAAAGCUUCUCGACCACCCUAAUGUAGUAAAACUACACACUGUUUUAUUUCCUAAAGGACUCUCACCCAUAAUAAUCACUGAAUUACUUCACUGUGACCUGGAAAAGUACAUUAGAGAGUCCACAACCAUACCAAAAAUCCCUGAAAUGAAACUGAUUUGCAUCGCUUUAGAUGUAAUCGAAGGUCUUAAUUACAUGCAUGGCUUGGAGCGUCCUGUUGUGCAUCGUGACUUAGCAACAAAAAAUAUAUUGCUAACAGAGCAUGGUAAUGCCAAGGUUGCAGAUUUGGGGGUGGCCAAAAUAUUUGAAGCAGGCUGUGAAAUGCAUGCCACCAAUGUUCCAGGAACACCGCUAUACACAGCUCCUGAAACAUACCCUGUCAUGAAGCAGUUUGAGGUGGUAGGAAAUGCAAGGUAUGGCCCAAAAGUUGAUAUAUUUUCUUUUGGUGCAGUGGUUAUGGCUAUGAUUGUUGGACAUGAACCAAGUGUGUGGCCGUUAACUCCAAUCACCAAAGGUAUGUUUUGAAGCAAGCAUUCUUCAUUCCAUAAGUUGCAGUCAAAAAGGCUGCCUGACUCAUUUAAGAAGUGGUGAACACGUCAAGUUAUUAGGGACUUUAAGAUCCAACGAUGCAGACAACAACGAGAAUGUAAAAAAAAAUUGGUUUACUUAGCAAAACAACAACUUCGCAUGUGCAUCACACUUUUUUGUACAUUUCUUUCCUGUUUCUGCAUGACUACGACAUGAGAAUGCCUAAUAUUGCAUUUUAUGGAGGACGUAAACAAGCAACAACAAAAUUUUAUUUCUCUUUCUGAGCUUGAAUUUGGUCCCUUGAAAUUCAGCUUCAGGAGGGUUCGCCUAAGUGGGUAGGAAUGAUCGCUAUAAAGACUGAAAGAAGGCAAAUUCACUUUGUAAGCGACGUUCUUGUUGCCGUCACGGCAUUGGAUCUUAAAGUCCCUAUUGAUGUACUCAGGAGGUUGCUAUAAGCACAAAAGAAGCACAGUUACUUGACAAGUACCCUAGAACAACUCUAGCUUCUUGAGUGCUUAGCAAACCUCCCAAGUACAUUCAUGACUUGAUGAUUGCACGGCUACCACAGAAUCAAUGAGAACAACUUUACCAGUAUUAGUCCUCACAGGUAGCUGGGAAAAGAUUUGAGUGUUAUUGGUACCAAUGCAUUACGAUGCAUGCAAAUUAUUCUUUACAAAGUUGUUUCUUUCAAAAGGAUCUUUUCACUGAAUAAGUUCUUUUCUGCAGGCUUUCUACGAUACCUAAAUCUAUAUCCAGUUAAGUACAUAUCCAUGUAUCCCUACAAGUAGUACUAUCUGCCCAGUACAGAUCCCUAGAGAGGGAGGAAAAGGAGCAGUGGUGACUGCGUGUUUUUUUUUCCUAGAAAUUCUAUUCUAAUCACAGAACUUGGUUCCAAUAUUAGAGACAGUUUGAUAUGGGGAAGUCCCAACUUAGAACUUCCAUAAAUUUAUUGAUUUGAUGCAAUAUAUCAAGCAGGAGACACAGCGUUUUGUCACCAAAUGAAAUACUGAGAAGAAUUACCAGAGUAUACCAUCAACUGACGUGAUACAACUCACUUUGACUCUGAAGAUGACUACCGCACAGGUUGUCAAAAUGUCAGUCACUGUCAACAACAGCAGUCCUAUUCAGGACUACGUUCACCCAGACGAUCAAACUCAACCUACUUUUGAAAUGACUCCUGCGUUCAAACCUUUCACAGUUUUACUGAGAAGAGAGUUGAAAAUAGGACGUGCAGUGGAAUGUUUUUGACAAACUUAAAGGUUGUUUCAUCUGGUGAUGAAACACUGUGUCGAAUGCUCAGUAUUACGUCUUUCAAACAAAAUGAUUUUAGAAAGAGAGAUUAAGGAUGCAAAAAUGGGCAGUUUUUCAUCUGAUUUCCUUAACACUCACAUUUCCUUUGUGUUUUCUUUUUUAAUAUGAAUUAAAUUAUUAAUGAGUUUGAGAAGUUCAUUCUGAAAAAUCAUUGAUAUAUCAAUGAAAUCUUCUUUAACACCCUUUUUAAGGUGGUUUAACACCCAAGGUAAAGGUAAGAGAUACCUUUGCUAGCCGUUGCAGUGUUGAGCAAAAUAAAUUUGCAGUAUUGCUAUACAAUUUGUAGUUUGAACUUGUAAGCUGCUCUGAACAAACUGCCAAAUCCCUGCUACAAUGAUAUGUUGCCCCAUGGCCACCUCAAUUUAACUCGUAUAUAUUAAGAAGAAGUGAGGAAAAAAUAAAGUAGGGACCUUCAUAACAGGAUUAUAUUCAAGACAGGUAACCCAUCUAGUUCCUAACCCCGCCAAACACGACUUAACUUGAGUGGCACUAUUAAAAAGUGAAUUUUGCAAGGGUAAUGUGAGAUACAUAUCUCUAGUAAAACAGGGGACUGUUUAUUUAUUUUGCUGAAGAUCUAAGUGGCAAAGUGGAUAAAUGGAUCUGUAAAUCAUUUAAUUUUUUUAAUCUAUUAUUUUGAUAGAUAAAUCUGUUUUAAGUUGUAUUUUAAAAAAAUCUGAUGAAAAUUUUCAUUCCUUUAAGAUGGUGAGAUGAUCAGUGAACAUGUCCGACGCAAAAGAGACAUCACUGAGAUGGGGGAACAUUUCUUGAAAAAACUGGUGUUAGGAUGCUUAGAGAAUGACAGUACAUUGAGACCUGACAUCAAGGACAUUAAAGAAGAACUUGAAAGGCACAAAUGGAAGGUAGUGAAACGAUCAAGUUUGCAUGAGGCAGAUGAAGAAGUUCAGAUUGAGAAAGUUGGACGCCAACCAUUAUACGAUUACAAGCUCAAGGUGCUUUUUAUUGGAGACGCAGGAGUUGGAAAAUCGUGUUUAUUCAAUCGUUUCAAGAACCCUUUUUUCAAUAUUUUCUUGAGCACUACAACUACAGGGAUAGAGAUCGAUCGCAAGUCUUUCAAAUAUGGCUCUAAGUUUGUCCGUUUGGAAGUGGUUGAUACUGCUGGUCAAGAACAGUUCUUUUCUUUGCAGGCUAUGUAUUUCCGUGGUGUCCAUGGCAUUUUCUUGGUCUGUGAUGUAACUAAUCGGGAAUCAUUUGACCACAUUCCUCGAUGGCUUAACUUAGCAAAGACUUACUGCACAGAAAGCAAUGCUUUGAUCAUCAUAAUUGGGAACAAGACAGAUCAAGCUGAGGAACGGGAAGUUUCCUCUGAGGAAGGCCAUGAAAUUGCCAGACGUAAUGGCUUAAGCUACGUGGAAGCAAGUGCACUGGAUGUGAACACUAUUGAGAAAAUGUUCAAGACCAUGAUUAACCUCCUUACCAGAUCAGUUGAUCUUGGGUCAAUAAAAAUUGAACUAGGUGAUGCAAAUGGAAAAGUAAACUUGAAACCAAUGACCAAGAAGUCUAAAUGUAAGUGUAGUAGAAAGUGAUUUCCUUCUGUAGGUGGAACAACUAGAAAAAUUAGCAUUUACCGAUAAUUCAUAUUCACAGCUGUUAGUUGUGCAUGAAAAACGUGACUGUAUAAAUGGGACCCUCACUACUGAUUGCUUAGCCCAUUCAACCCCCUGGAAAUUUUUGUUUUGAAACCCCAUUUGAAGCUAGUCAAGCCAUUUUUUGGUCACUUUCUGGCCAAAAAAAAACUUAAGUGGCCCAAAAUGUUGUUUACAAGUCCAACACUGUGCUGGCUUUAGCCUGCGCCAAAGACAAAACAGUGCCAAAAUCCUUCUCCAAGGACCCCCCACCUGCAUACCACCCUUAGUACAUACCAUGAUUGGCCUGUUAAAAAGCUAUUGUUGGUUUGCCAACCAGGUUAAAAUGAAAUUUGAAACGUUGAAGGCAAUUGAGGACCCAAAACAAAGGAUCUCAGUGCUGCUUUGCAGAUAUUACUCCCCAGGGUUUGAUUACAGCUGUGGUGCAGGCUAUGCUGGUCCAAAAUGUUGUUUACAAGUCUAACACUAUGCUAUGCUAUGGUUUUUUUUUUAUUUUCCUGAGUUCAGGCCCCGGGGGGGUGGGACUCCCAUAUGAAACAGACGGGGAUGCUUGUCGUCUCGUUUAGGGGUGUAGAUUUUGGAUUUUGGUCUCGCUUAGGGUGUUCCAGGCAAGGCGCCAAUAUUUUAAGCCGCCAAGGUCUCGUUUAGGGUUCCGCGAAGAAACACAGAAUUACGCGAAGAGAAACGGAGAUCAAAUUUUCUUUUUAACUUUGUUUGUUAUGUCUUUAUAUCAUUAAAACUCAUUGCAUGUCGUAUUUGUGUGUUUUUAAGCGGUCUCUUUUAGGGGUCAAAAUUUGCUUAAGCCACGCCCAGAUUGGUCUCCUUUAGGUAUCACAAAAAGCUUGAGCCACGCCCAGAUGGUCUCCUUUAGGGGUUAAAUUCAAAAUUUCCGAUGAGCAUUCCCGUCUGUUUCAUAUGGGAGUACCCCCCCCGGGGUUCAGGCAUGCAGUGACAUGGCCCCCUCUUGCUUAAUAUGGGGCCUGCACAUUACAUGUUUGACUGUACUUGGAAUGCCCCUGGCCUAGAAAACAGCUGACAUUUCACGAUGUCACCAUUGGCUUCCCCGUAAAAUGACGUCUGAGAAACGAGC